UGUAGGAAUAGCCUCUACAGACGCUUAUGUAAAGGGAAGAUGGCAGAAGGCAAGGCCAUAUAACUUCACCAGGGAACAAGAGGGGGAACUUGUAGAAUUGUACCAAUUUAAUGAGAUUCUCUACGAUAUAGAAACAGGGAGAGAAAACGGAACCUGCUGGAGACGAAGGCUGCGGAGGAUCCCGGGUGCUCAUGUGAGUAUAUAUAACGAUAUAUUAGUUCAUCAACAGGAGAACCAUUUAAUGUUAUCCAAGAUUUAAAAACAUACAAUGCUAUAGGUGUAAAAGUGCUGUUUUUGCAGUUAACUUAAACUUCUCUUAUAAGUCUGUCUGUGCCCUGCAGCUGCAAAGUAAAAAAGUCGCAGACAGCUUUUACACCCUCUGUGUUUGAAGUUGGAAUCAUGUCUCUUUAAGAGCCAUAAAAUAAAUUAUGCAUGAGGGCAGGCAAUUCUCACUUGUAAUGCUUGGUUUAAAAAAGGCCAUCUGUAUUUACAAACUUGUGCUCAGGUAUCCAAGAAGCACAAGAAAUAGCACAUUAAAUGCAGGAGGGCAGGCUCUUAAACAGGCCUCUAUUUACUGUCCAGAACUUUUAAUAUAACGGAAUACAUCCAAUGCUUGAAGUUCUAUUUAAUUCCACCACUCUACUGUAAUGCAGAUGACCAACUCAUGCAAUGGUUCACUAAUCAGAGGACCAUCUAUGGAAAGGUCACCGCACUUGGGACCAAAACAGGGUCAGCUGGCAGCACACUGACAGAGAGGAAUAGGUGGAUCGAGGAGAAGUGGCGGUUCCCAUCAGGGCAUAUUGUGUGUGUAGUGACCAGGACUAGCGCACCCAAGGAACAACACAUCAUUGACCAUGCGUUCGAUGAUCCUGUGGAAGGGACUUCCACGCCGAGCCCAUCCACCAUCCAACAGCACCGCAGUAGGCACAUUUCCAGCAUCGACCUCACCACACCCGGAGGUGCUGAAGAAGGGACAGAUGGAAACAGCAUUAAAAGUCUCAAUAAUACUGUUCGAGACGGUGUUAAAUUGUUGGAGGAAGGACGCCUGAGACCGAACAGCUUUACGCAGAGGGCAGUAGACUUCUGUCAAGCUAUUAUGGAAGAAGAAAUAAAUGAACGACAAUGGGAUUUUAUAUGGAAUAUGAUCAAUGGGGCAAUCACUAUGCGAAAUAAAAAGUUAAUGGAAGCACGUGCACCUGAGGCGCAGCGUCCACUGGUUCCUCAGACUCGCCCGCCUCACUUCUAUGACCAGGUAUUAACAAAUAUAUGUGCGCUUCCCAAACUUAAUUCAUAAUCUGUCUUCUUUUUAUGCAUUGACUAAUACAUCACUCUGUGAUUCGAAAGUAUACAGAUAACAUAUGGAUUGCCGCAUGCAAUGGGAACACAUCCACCAUUCCGUGCUGAACAGGUAAACAAUUGUGUUUUGUGGGAUUGAAUUUAAAAAAUAAAGAUUU